GAAGACCUCUCAUUAGAAGAGAGAGAAGAACUUCUAGACAUUCGUCGGAGGAAAAAGGAACUUAUUGAUGACAUUGAGAGGCUGAAAUAUGAAAUUGCAGAAGUGAUGACGGAGAUCGACAAUCUAACUUCUGUAGAGGAGAGCAAAACUACUCAGAGGAACAAGCAAAUUGCUAUGGGAAGAAAGAAAUUCAACAUGGAUCCCAAAAAGGGAAUUCAGUUUCUAAUAGAAAAUGACCUGCUACAAAGUUCCCCAGAAGAUGUCGCCCAGUUCCUUUAUAAAGGAGAAGGCCUAAAUAAGACCGUCAUUGGGGACUAUCUGGGUGAAAGGGAUGAAUUUAAUAUUAAAGUUCUUCAGGCUUUUGUCGAACUCCAUGAGUUUGCUGAUCUCAACCUUGUGCAAGCCUUACGGCAGUUCUUGUGGAGCUUCAGACUUCCAGGGGAGGCUCAGAAAAUUGAUCGCAUGAUGGAGGCUUUUGCUUCACGCUACUGCCUGUGCAACCCUGGGGUUUUCCAGUCCACAGACACAUGCUACGUGCUGUCAUUUGCGAUCAUCAUGCUCAACACCAGCCUACACAACCACAAUGUGCGUGACAAGCCCACAGCAGAGCGGUUCAUAAGCAUGAACCGCGGCAUCAACGAGGGAGGGGACCUCCCUGAGGAGCUGCUGAGGAAUUUAUAUGAAAGUAUUAAGAAUGAACUAUUUAAAAUCCCAGAGGACGAUGGGAAUAACCUGACACACACGUUCUUCAACCCUGACCGGGAAGGCUGGCUCCUGAAGCUGGGAGGGCGUGUGAAGACCUGGAAGCGGCGGUGGUUCAUCCUGAUAGACAACUGCCUCUACUACUUUGAAUACACGACAGAUAAAGAGCCCAGAGGGUUCAUCCCGCUGGAAAACCUCAGCAUACGGGAGGUGGAAGACCCGCGGAAACCUAACUGUUUUGAGCUCUAUAACCCAAGCCACAAAGGGCAGGUCAUCAAAGCCUGUAAAAUAGAAGCCGACGGCAGAGUGGUGGAGGGGAACCACGUGGUGUACCGGAUCUCGGCCCCCAGCCCCGAGGAGAAGGAGCAGUGGAUGAAAUCCAUCAAAGCAAGUAUCAGUAGGGAUCCUUUCUAUGACAUGUUGGCAACGAGGAAAAGAAGGAUUGCUAAUAAGAAAUAGAGCUUUCCUGCUUGAACAGGUAAAGGACAAGACCCAAACCCCACAGCAGAAAGUGACUGGAGGCCGCAGCUAGGAGGUGGGUCCUGGUGGUGCUCACAGCUUCUCCAGAGCGACCAUCCGUGGCCCGAACUGCUGUUUACCUUGCAGCCUUGGGCUGGGGUCUGCGACUGUCCUGGAGCUCACGGUGGGAGAAGUCAAAACCUGCGCGCGCCCGGU